CGAAAGCAUCCAUUCAGAUCAGUUCUGCUCCAGGCAGCGGUGGGAUCGGUCGUUUAAAAUUUGAAACCUUCGCGCGCACGUGGUCCGAUUUUGUCUAUCCACCAAUCUAAGGAAGAAUUGUUUGAACUUUCGGCUUGAGCUGUUUCUGAGAUUGAUCUGUUCUGCGGGACGGGUUGCGCUGGUGGAGGAAGCUUCCAACGCGUAUUUAAGUGCGCCGUCCAAAGCGCGAAGGCAAUUGCGCAGGCACGUGUGUCGCAGAAUUUUCGAAUGCAGCUGUUCGUCGAUCGACGCAAAGAGGUGCAACAACAAAAAUAGUGUGACAAGUGCCAAAUUUUCCAACCAUCACGAAUUAUACGGUUGUAACAGUUGAUGCAUGAUUUAUAUGUUAUGUCACCGAGAGGGUGGAAAAGUGAAUAAAUAGUGUGAGAGAGCGAGCAAUUUGUGGCGGCGAAGCGGAAAACUGUAAAGUGAAAGGUUUUCAUAGUUUGAGGAAAAGUAUACAUACAGACAUCAACGGCUAGAACUUGAUGCAAGAUGGAGAACUCGGCUUACAUCGGUGAUGAAACCGGGCAGACCCGAAUCGAGGGAGUCGCUGUGACCAACGGUGACAUUAUUUACCAGAAUGGAGCUGUUAAUGGAUUUUCGAACCACAUUGUCAUCAGCACUACCACCAACAGUAGCAGUAACAAAAACAAUCCAGACGAUCCGCCUCCAACAGUACGAGAGAAAUGGGGAAAGAACAUAGAGUUCCUGCUGUCGUGCGUAGCUUUGUCUGUGGGCUUCGGUAAUGUAUGGCGGUUCCCAUACACAGCAUUCAACAAUGGCGGGGGAGCUUUCGUGAUACCGUACCUGAUAGUACUGUUCAUCAUCGGUCGACCCAUCUACUACUUAGAAAUGGUUUUGGGUCAAUUUUCGAACCGUGGCUGUGUCAAAGUAUACGACAUGGCUCCACUGAUGAGGGGCAUUGGCGUGGGCCAAACGGUGGCCAUCUUCACCGUCAUCACCUAUUACGCGGCUGUGUUGGCUAUCACCUUUCGGUAUCUGGUGGUAUCAUUUAGCCCCGAGUUGCCAUGGAGUACUUGUGAUCCCUCGUGGCUGGACUGCGUCAACUCGAGCUUUAUCGGAACAAUACCCAUGGGAAAUGGCACAAAGGUUAAAUCGUCUGCAGAACUCUAUUUUCAAAAAACCGUGCUCCAUAAGGCAGCCUCUCUUGACAACGGAAUCGGAAUGCCGGACUGGAGAUUGGUUCUGUGCUUGGUGGUGGCGUGGAUUUGCAUCACGGCGAUUCUCAUUCGCGGCAUAAAGAGUUCGGGGAAAUUCUCCUACUUCCUCGCCAUUUUCCCGUACAUCAUCAUUUUCAUCCUACUGGUACGAUCCCUGACGUUGCCCGGCGCGUGGACCGGUAUUCGGUACUUUUUCACACCGCAGUGGGAUAAACUGCUCACGAUUGAAGUGUGGUACCAAGCGGUGACGCAGUGCUUCUUCUCGCUAACGAUUUGCUUCGGGGGUCUAAUUGUGUAUUCAUCGUUCAACAAUUUCCAGAACAAUAUCUAUCGACACGCCGUCAUCAUCACCUGGCUGGACACCUUCACCUCCAUGAUCGCCGGGUGCAUCGUUUUCGGUGUCAUGGGCCAUCUGGCGCACGUGACCAACGAGAAAGACAUUCAGAAAGUGGUCAAAAAUGGCCCCGGGCUCACGUUCGAAACCUAUCCGGAUGUGAUUGCCAAGUUCGAUUUCGUACCGCAGCUUUUUUCGGUGCUGUUCUUCUUCAUGCUGUUCCUGCUAGGCAUCGGAACACUGCUGGGAAUUGUGACCUCAGUCAUUACGGCCAUUCACGACCAGAAACCACACUGGAAACGGUGGAAAGUGGUUCUGGUGGUUGCCGUGGUAGGGUUCUGCGUUGGAUUGGUGUAUUUGACGCCUGGGGGUUUAUCCAUUCUGGAAUUGAUGGACUAUUAUGGAGCCACUUUCGUCACGCUCACGCUGGCUGUCUUUGAACUGUUGACUUUUGCCUGGAUCUACGGAGUGGACCGAGUAUGCAAGGACAUCGAAUUCAUGCUGGGCAUCAAAACCGGAAUGUUCUGGAGGAUAUGCUGGGGUAUUGUAACCCCCAUAGUGGUGCUGGUCAUCUUACUAUUCAGUAUUAUAAAUUACGUUCCGAUGGAACUUCCAUCCGGGUACAAUGCUUUCGGAUGGUGCCUUUACACUGUGGCCGUGCUGCAGCUUCCUGCUUGGGGAUUGUAUGCGUGGUACAAACAACCCGGUAGCGAUCCAAUUACCAGACUGCGAGCGGUGCUGAAUCCGAUGAGCGAUUGGGGACCGGAAGAUGCCACCACACGUGCCAAGUAUCACAGUUUCAUCGGUGAACACGAUGCAUCGCUUUCCAUGAAGAAAACUUGCACCGCGAGUUUCGUUCGACGAAAAUUAUUCGGAUAGAGACAAUAUUUCUCUUUCGCCGCCCACCUACCAUUAGUUGUAUUCAACAUUUGAUUUCACUUAUUAUAAU